UUGUUUCAGUUUUGAAACCCCGUCGCCAAGCUGUCUACCGCAAAUGAGAUUAAAGCCAUUUACCACGUGGAUGCGCUAAUAGGUCGGUGGCGCACGAGCCCGAUGAGCGCGUGCGCAGCGGCCGCCAUGCGCGAAAAGCACGCGGCGCCGCGCCGCCUCGCCUCCCCGCCCACUUCGCCGCACGAUCAUGUCUCCAGCCCUCUCGGCUCGCCGCGCGCCGACGAGCCACUCGACCUCAGGGUCACCCAUAAGCGCCCGCAGCGUCUCGAAGAUGAGAACUGCAAUCUCAUCACGCCCUCGCCGCCGCCGCACCCUACGCACCCAGCUCACCCGGCCCAUCCGGCCCUGCUCCAGUUCUGCCGACGGUUGCCUCUGGCGCUGCCGGCACCUUUCGGCCGCUACCCAUUCUUGCCGGCUGCAGCGGCGACCCUGCUCGCCCCGGGCGCUCCUCGUGCACCGCCAGUACCCCCCAGCCCCGGUGCGCCAAGAGCACGGGAUCGCUACACGUGCUCGUACUGCGGAAAAGCAUUUCCGCGCAGCGCUAAUCUAACUCGGCACCUAAGAACGCAUACCGGGGAACAGCCGUACCGCUGCAAAUACUGUGAACGCUCGUUCUCAAUAUCGUCCAACCUACAGCGGCAUGUAAGAAAUAUCCAUAAUAAGGAACGACCAUUUAGAUGUCGUCACUGCGACCGCUGCUUUGGACAGCAAACGAAUCUCGACAGGCAUCUUAAAAAGCACGAAGCGGAAAAUGGCGACGAUAACCGUCGGAGAUCACCUGACGAGACGUACUUUGAGGAGAUCAGGUCAUUUAUGGGACGAGUGGCCCCGGCGCGUCGCGUCGCCGCCGCUGCCAACGCCGCCGACCACACCUGAUAGUGGACCAACAUCAUCCACCUUUUACUAUAAUCUGGUCGAAACAUCCAAAUGACUCUUGUGUAGACUUUACUGAACUUUUGUUGGUGUGUGUGUUGUAUCUCAAUCAAGCUUCCAGUGUCUUCAAGCUAGACUUGAAGGGUUGUAAAUUAUAAUAUUACGACAAAGCAAAUAGAUGCUCUCAAACAUGAAAUGUUUUAAACAGCUCUCUAAGACAUCCGACUAAUUUUAUUAAGACAGUAAGCUAAAGCAUAAAGUUA